UGUGUCAUCAAUGUUUGCUCUCUCUCUCUCUCUUUCUUUCUCUCUCCUCUCUUUCAUCCGCUUGGUCGUGAUUGUUUUUCCUAAUACAACAUAAUGCUAUCUGGACGGAUGUUGACGCUUUUUUCCCAGCGGUCGAGAAACCCGGUGAUUAUACGGAAAUGUUGCAAGUUGGACGACUGGGGACACGACUGGCCAGCACGUCGACAACGGCUGCAUGUACCUCUAGAAAAACGCUCGAUUCGAUAAUCAGGGUCGACCAUGCCGGUGAAUUGGGCGCCGACAGGAUCUACGCCGGACAGAUGGCCGUGUUAGGCAGAACACAGGUCGGACCGACCAUACAACGCAUGUGGGAGCAAGAGAAACAGCACCGCGCCAAGUUCGAGGAGCUGAUCCGGAAGUACCGUGUGAGACCCACCGUGCUCACUCCACUGUGGAACGUCACCGGUUUCGUUUUGGGCGCCGGCACCGCUCUCAUGGGCGAGAAAGCAGCGAUGGCGUGCACUGUGGCCGUGGAGACCGUGAUCGUCGAACACUACAACGACCAGCUGCGCACGCUGAUGGAGAGCAAGGAGCAAGUGGACGAGGAGAUACUCAAGACGAUCAAGCAGUUCCGCGACGAGGAGCAGGAGCAUCACGACACCGGCAUCGACCAUGGCGCCGAGCAGGCGCCAUUCUACCAGGCUUUGACAAAUCUCAUCAAGUUCGGCUGCAAAGCAGCCAUAUCCGUGUCCAAGGUGAUAUGAGGACACGUCUCUCGACACGAGAAACAGUUCCACAGCUCGUAGAUAUCGCGAUUUUUACGUUCAUACAUUGUUUUCCGUGGUGAGUCAGUUUGAGAGUGCACGGGAUGCUCCCCAGAGUUUAUAUUGCGGUCGUUUGAUCUCUUUUCCCGAAUAUAUAUGAUAUCGUGAUCUCUCUCGACGCAAUAAGCCGUCAGGACUAAGAGAGAUAUUUCAUAUUGCGUUAAAAAAAAUCGUCAUUAGGAAUCUUAAAAACUUGUAUCAAUACGAAAGCUUGGUCCGAAUUUGUUGGCAGAAUGUAACAGCUGCUAGAUAUUACUGCAAAUUGUUAAUAAUUUUGCAGUAAUUUCUUGUAACUUUUACGUCCAACAACCGAGAUUCAGCAUUGUAGAUGAGCCCGUAAGAUUCCUAAUAACGAAUUUUUUUGUAUAAUAUGGAAUAUGAGAAUGUUCUUUAGAAGUCGGAUUAGAAAUACAGAAAGGGAAUAGAUAAGAGAAACUGUGUUGUAGUAAAUCUCAGAUGGAUCAUUACAGCAAUAUAUAACUGUUAGCUGAUGUAUGUAAGGACGAAAACGAAAGAAUUAUGAUAAUAUAUGGUCAUAGCAUUACUUUUCUAUUAUAUGUAGUAUUGAAACUUUCUAAAGAGAAUCGGAGAGACUAAGAGAUUUGUUCAGAUACAGGUACUGGUAUUGCUGAAGUGAAUGAACGAUUAAAUAAACGUGAUCAGUGCGUA